UUUUCCCCCUCUUUCUCUUCUUUUCAACUUUUCCCCGUGUCUGGGGCGAGAGGUCCUGACGAACCUCGAAUUUUUCUCUUUAAAAAAAUCUAAUUGGGGGGAGGGUUUGUUGCUUUUUUCCUGCUCCUGUGGCGAUGGCCCCGUUUGGAUAUUUCUUUUUUCUCUGCGGGCUGAAGCAAGCGAUGGGCAGCUACCCGAUUUGGUGGUCCUUGGCCGUGGGACAUCAGUACUCCUCCCUGGGCACUCAGCCCAUCCUGUGUGGGAGCAUCCCCGGCCUGGUGCCCAAGCAGCUGCGCUUCUGUCGGAACUACGUGGACAUCAUGCCCAGUGUGGCUGAAGGUGUGAAGAUUGGCAUCCAGGAGUGCCAGCACCAGUUCCGGGGCCGCCGGUGGAACUGCACCACGGUCAACAACAACCUGGCCAUCUUCGGCCCAGUGCUGUACAAAGCCACCAGGGAGUCAGCCUUUGUCCACGCCAUUGCCUCAGCUGGUGUGGCCUUCGCCGUGACCCGCUCCUGUGCCGAGGGCUCAGCUGCCCUCUGUGGCUGUGACACCCGCCACAAGGGCUCCCCAGGUGAAGGCUGGAAGUGGGGGGGCUGCAGCGAGGACGUGGAAUUCGGCGGCAUGGUGUCCCGUGAGUUCGCUGAUGCCCGAGAGAACCGACCUGAUGCCCGCUCAGCCAUGAACCGUCACAACAACGAGGCAGGGCGGCUGGCCAUCAUCGACCACAUGCACCUGAAGUGCAAAUGCCACGGGCUGUCGGGCAGCUGCGAGGUGAAGACCUGCUGGUGGUCCCAGCCCGACUUCCGCGCCGUGGGCGACUACCUGAAGGACAAAUACGACAGCGCCUCGGAGAUGGUGGUGGAGAAGCACCGGGAGUCCCGGGGCUGGGUGGAGACCCUGCGGCCCCGCUACAAUUACUUCAAGGCCCCCACAGACCGGGACCUGGUCUACUACGAGAGCUCGCCCAACUUCUGCGAACCCAACCCGGAGACGGGCUCCUUCGGCACCAGGGACCGCGCGUGCAACGUCACCUCGCACGGCAUCGACGGCUGCGACCUCCUGUGCUGUGGCCGCGGCCACAACACCAGGACGGAGAAGCGCCGCGAAAAGUGCCACUGCGUCUUUCACUGGUGUUGCUACGUCAGCUGUCAGGAGUGCACCCGGGUCUACGACGUCCACACGUGCAAAUAGAGCUGGCCUGGCGCGGGAGCAGGGGAGGGGCGCUUCUGGUCCUCCCUCCCGCCCCUCCCCACCCAGGGCCCCGCGGAGAAAGAGGUCGUAGCUUUAGAGCUGGACGGGGACCUCUGACGUCAUUUAGUCCAACAACCUCAUUUUGCAGAAGAGGAAACUUGAGGCCCAAAGAGGGGAGGCUCACACAGGUAGUAAGGGACAGAGCUGGGAUUCAAACCCAGGGCUUCGGACUCUGUCAAACAGCUGCUUUGUGGGGCCGCACUCUCUGUCUUAUCAAACCGGGCAUGAGGGCACUCCGGAAAGUGGUGUUGUUGUUGGGGGUGGGGAUGGGUGGGGGUGGGGUGUCCCGCCUGGGUCCCGGUGUGGAAACGCCCCUCCACCGGUGCAGAUCAGCAACUCAUCCGCGGCUUAUUGUCUGAGGGAGCUGCCUCAAGCACUGAGAGGUGAUGUCACACUGAAGAGUAUAAAGUUACACAACAUGAGGUCCUGAUAUUAUAGGAUCCUUCAUAGGAAAAAGUAGGAUCAUAGGAUUUAGAACUGGAAGGAACCUGAGAGACUAUCCAGACCAACCCCCUCAUUUUACAGAGGAGGAGACCGCGGCCAGAAAAAAAGGAAGUGACUUGCUUUAAGUCACACAGCUAAUAAGCAGUAGAAGUCGGGACCUGAACCUGGGCCCUCUCAUUCAGAAUCCAGCAUCUGUUCCCUUCUAUCACAACUGCCUCACUUUCUUUGGGAGCUGGAAGAAAGAAAGAAGGCAGAGGUCUUGAUGGACUAGUCUACUGUAGGGAUAAACGACCAAUAGGUAAGGAACAGGAUCCGUGGGGACUUUCCCGGAGAAGCAGCUUGCCCUAUUCUCUUAUUCUCGCCAUCUCUGAUGUGAUCAAAGUCCCCCGGGGGUUCAGGAAGAGGAUUCCAGUUCUGUACGGAUGGGCACACAGAGGGAUGGUCAGAAAGCUGUUUCUGCCCAAGGUCUGUCUCCAGUCACAGCCCUUUCCAACUUGUUCUGCUUUUCCCCAGUGGUCAGAAUUAGGAGGACAAGGGGACAGGAGGACAGAAGAGGGAGUAUGGAGAGGAGAGUUGCAAGAAAGGCAGAUUUCACCUCGAUAUAAGAGAAAGCUUUCUAAUUGUUAGAACUAUCCAAAAGGGGAAUGGCCUACCUCAGUGGAAGUCUCCAGUCCAUGACUACGUGUCAGAGAGGGCAGUCCUUUUCAGAUAUGAGCUAAAUGGCUUAGAAUGUCUUUUCCAGCUCUGGUACUCUAUGAUCAGGCAAGAGGGUUGAGCUGGGAUGAAGAUAUCAACUUGUGUCUUUUGAAGAGAUGGGAGGAACACUGGAUGUCCUGAAACCACAGCUGGGGGGUCGCUUGUUGGGGAUAUUGUAAAGAAAAUGUCCAUUAGAGUCACUGCUGGACCAGAUAGCCUCUGAGGCACCUCAAAGCCCUAAGAUGCUAUCUCUGAGAUGCUGUCAUUGCCCACAACAAUACUUAACAGCCGUGUGGACCAGCUGGGAUCCCAAUCAACCCCAGGCUUGCGCUGGGGUUACCGGAAGAAACCACAAGCUUUCGAUCACAUUCAGACUAAUUCACAGCAUCACCAUGAAUCUAGAGACUGAUGUUCAUCCUCAGCUGGACAAGGAGUCAUGCCAGCUGGCUCAUAAAACUACAUCUCCAUCCGUUCUCACCAGAACACACAGUGUGUGUAAAUUCACAUGCACAUGUGUGCCCACUUGAUGCCUUCCAUGAUCUGUUUGCCAUUUGGGGAGGUAGAAGGAAGUUUCCUCUGUAUUCACUGGGGCAGGAACAGGGCAGGAUUGAGUUCCAAGGUUGGAACGUGCCCAUCAGAGCAAGAUUUCUGUUAGGUCUUUCUGGGAUGUGGAAUUCUGACAUCUUAGAUUCUUACUGACCACCCCCAAGAGCUAAGAGAUGAUUCUAUGUCCUUCUCUUUCUUCUUUUAUUUUAUUUUAUUUUUGCUGCGGCAAUUGA